GACGCGUUUCAUCCUGUGGCCUUCACGCGUGCUCAUUGUUCUCCAAAGCUUAGAUGUCAUUUUUUCAAGCAAAGUCCACCUCAACGGCCCCGAAACAUUCGGUGGACCCAGCACAUCAACCAUGGGUAGAAAAGUAUCGACCAAAGACCAUAGAUGACAUAUCAGCACAAGAGCAUACAGUUGCAGUGCUGCGGAAAACACUGGGUUCCACGAAUCUUCCUCACAUGCUAUUUUAUGGACCCCCCGGAACCGGUAAAACAUCCACUAUUCUUGCACUUGCAAGACAACUAUUUGGACCCGAUAACUUUCGAAAUCGAGUCUUAGAGCUGAAUGCCUCAGAUGAGAGAGGCAUAUCUAUUGUCAGAGAGAAAAUUAAGUCUUUCGCCCGCCAGACCCCCCGAGCACAGGCAGUAGCAUCAGAUGGGAAUGUAUAUCCCUGUCCGCCAUACAAAAUAAUCAUCCUCGACGAAGCAGAUUCCAUGACACAAGAUGCGCAAGGUGCACUACGACGGAUAAUGGAGACCUACGCUAGAAUAACUCGCUUCUGUCUCGUUUGUAAUUAUGUGACAAGAAUCAUCGAACCUCUCGCGUCUCGGUGUUCUAAAUUCCGUUUCACGCCUCUUGACUCGACAUCUACUUCAUCCCGACUGUCUCACAUUGCGAGUGCAGAAAAUAUUGACGUUAGUCCCGAGGUCAUUUCGAUCCUGAUCGAAACAUCAGGUGGUGAUCUCCGUCGAUCCAUCACAUAUCUGCAAUCUGCGUCUCGAUUAUCUUCCUCCACCAACCCUCCAGUGCCAAUAACGCCUCACGACAUCCAGGAGAUAGCAGGUGUUGUACCAACGGCUGUGAUAAAUGGUUUUGUGAAGACUCUCGGCGUUUCCGUCGCUGAGGACAUGGAUGUAAAUGACUUGUCCGCAAACGGGAAGCUGAAGGGCUUCGAUGCCAUCCAGAAAAGGGUCAAGGGGAUCAUGCGAGAAGGAUACUCAGCAUCACAAAUACUCUCGCAGCUUCAUGACACUAUCAUUCUACACCCGACACUGCCUGCACGACAAAAAGCAAAGUGCGCUCUCGCCUUUGCAGAAGCCGAUAAGGCUCUUUGUGAUGGAGCUGAUGAAGAACUAUGGGUUCUCGAGGUUGGGCUUUGUGUCCAUAAAGCAGUUACCACAGCAUGACGUUCUGGUCACAUCCAUACGACAUUGACCAUGUAAUUAACCCAUGCUAGACAUGAUACAGU